GGCCAUAACCAGAUCUCUAUCCUCUGGUUUGAAGCCAAUAUUCUUCGAAGAUCCAUUGUUCUGCAGACCACUGGCACAUGUUCACAAAUAUCUGAAACGCAGAUUUGGAACUAUUUUCAUUCCUUAUAUAAGAACAUCGAAGAUAUAAGCAUCAGAAGUUCAGAACUGAGGAAUCAGAUCAAUAAUGGCAACUGCUUCACUUCUCGAAGCGAUUUCAUUUGUGAGGGAAUCGAAGCCUCCAUUUUUUAAAUGGAAUCCUCUGCUACAGAGUUUCCCGACGAAGAACACUGCACGCUUCUUGAGAACCUCUCGAUUAAGUGUUAAAUGUGCUUUGAACUCGAAGAAGUGGACAGUAGAGCCGGUGAAUGGAGAGAAGAAUCGAAAUCCGAUUGAAGGAGUUAUAGAGGCUGUCUUGAAGACAGUAAAGGCGUUACAGAAACCAGCGAUUGCUGCGGUGUUGUUAGGGUUAUUGUUGACGUAUGACCCGCAUUCAGCUUUAGCGGCUUCAGGGGGGAGGAUGGGAGGACGGUCGUUCUCGUCUUCUUCUUCUUCGUCGAGAAGCUAUUCGACACGGACGGCAAGCCCAAGUUUUUCGUACUCGGUUCCGUAUUAUGCGCCCACGCCCUUUGGUGGUGGGGGAUUUUAUGCAGGCUCGGCGUUUGGAGUUGGGGUGGGUGCUGGUUCGGGUUUCUUUUUGAUUUUAAUGGGUUUUGCUGCAUUUGUUUUGGUGUCGGGAUUUCUUUCUGAUCGUUCAGAGGAUAGUGUUCUUACAGCUACUCAGAAAACAAGUGUUCUCAAGCUUCAGGUAGGGCUGUUGGGUAUGGCACGAUCGCUUCAAAGAGAUCUUGAUCGGAUUGCGGAAACUGCAGACACCUCCACGUCGGCGGGUUUGAGUUAUGUAUUGACAGAGACCACAUUAUCUCUACUUCGCCAUCCUGAUUAUUGCAUCUCUGGUUAUUCAUCUGUGGAUGUGAAGCGAAGCAUUGAGGGUGGAGAGAAGAGAUUCAAUCAACUUUCCAUUGAAGAAAGAGGGAAAUUUGAUGAAGAGACACUUGUCAAUGUAAACAACAUCAAAAAGCAAAGCAGAACAAGCCAAAGGGCUAGUGGAUUUAGUAAUGAAUACAUAGUGAUAACAAUAUUGGUGGCUGCGGAAGGAGUUCAUAAGCUACCUGCCAUCAAUGGUAGUGCGGACUUGAAAGAGGCCUUGCAGAAGCUGGGUUCCAUCCCUGCCAGCAGAACUCUGGCAGUUGAGGUGUUGUGGACUCCUCAGAAUGAAAUUGAUACAUUGUCGGAGCGGGAACUUCUUGAAGAUUACCCACUUUUGAGGCCUCUGUAAGAGUCAAUAAUCAGUUUAACCUAGUAUUAGUUUGUGAAGGAAAAAUUUAGAGUGGUUAGAAUCCUCAUACCAUAAAAAUAAUGUUCUGAUAUAUAUGGCAAAAUACAUGUACAUUAUUGGCUUUCAUUAAUUGAAAGAAAUGUCUAUAAUAUGAGGCAAUUUUUAUCCCGCCGAGAAAGACUGGACAUCAUCUUGUUGUACAGUAUUUGUUGAUAAGCAUGGAGCUAUUUCCCACA